AUGCAUAACCAAGACUGCACCGCAACCCGACUCACAAUCUCAAACCCCCCAAUAAACCUCUGGACCGCCCAGCUAAUCUACGAAUUCAACACCUACCUCCUCUCACUCAACAACACCCAUGCAUCCACCCCCAAAAUCAUCGUCAUCUCCAGCGACCUCCCAGAUUUCUACAUCAGCCACCUGGACCUACACCUCCUCAGCGCCGCACACCCCGUCGCACCGCCCAUCAACGCAAAAGAUGCAUUAAACACUUACUUCGAAAACCUCACGCUUCUCCAAUCCCUCCCCGUGAUUUUCGUCGCCGAAAUCAACGGACGCACCUGGGGAGCUGGAGAUGAGCAUCUCAUGCAGAUGGACAUGCGGUUCGCAGGCCCCGGCGCCUUUUUCGGCGCCCCGGAAGCAGCGCUGGGUGUGUUCCACGUGGGUGCGAUACAGUGGCUUGUUGAAUCGAUUGGGCCGUCUCGGACGAUGGAGUUUAUGUUGUCGUCUGCAUAGGUGAAUGCCACGGAGGCUGCGAGAGUUGGGUGGGUUCAUUUCGCGUUCGCUACCGUGGAGGGGUUGAGGGAGUAUGUUGAUGGAUUGGUUAGGAGGAUUGCGAAGUUUGAGGGGGAUGCGAUUAGGGCGACUAAGAGGUCGGUUGCGCGGCAGAAACCUACCAUGGCGAUGUUUGAGGAGGAUCAGGCGGCGUUUGCGGCUUUUGCUGCGGAGCCGGCGGUGAGGGGGAGGGCGGAGAGGUUUUUGGAGAUUUCACGGGAUCAGGGGAGGGUGUGGGAGUUGGAUGAUGGGGAUAAUAUUGUGGAGUAUAUGUAUGGUGUUUGA